AUGAAGAUUACAUGUGAGAUUCAAAAUCGUAAAGAAUGGCAAGAAGCUGCAAGAUGUUGUCUGAAAGAUUUUGAUGCAACAACCGAGGAAGAAAAGAUAUUUGUGGAAAUUUUCACAGACUUGGCAAACAAAAUGUCGGAAUCUUCUGCCACCACUCAAAGGUGCUUUGAUCCAGUUCUUCUUGGUGCAAAGCCUGAUUUUGUUGUUAAAACAACGAAUCCAAAAACACAUAUUGAAUUGCUAAUUGGUGAGAUAAAACCACCAGCAAAAGAAGGUGCGCUCGUAUCGGAUGAUCUGAUCUCACUCGGAAAAACAAUGAAAUGCGCUCUAGACAAAUCGAUCGAGGACGGUGUUGAUGAUCUGGUUAUAUGUGGUUUACAAAUUAUUGGUACGUUAAAAAUUAUAGAGUAA